AAAUGGACAUGUUGGAAAUUUUCUGUGUUGCUGACUUAGAUUAACUUCUGGUUGUUUCUAUUCAGAAUUAUCAAAACGAUUCUAACUAUUAUAAAGGUCGGUACUGAAUUCAGUGCCUUCACCCACAGACUUAAUUGUCUUACUGUAACCAGAUGCAGUGUCACUGUUUGUUUUUGUACCGAGUCUAAAAUAGCUUCAGCAGUUCUUGAAGUUGAAUGAAAAAGAAACCAUAAACUUUGAAAAUAUAAUAGAAAAACAAAUGUCUAUAGCCAGUGUCUUUGAUUCAAGUUAAUAUCUUGAGCUUAUUGAACUGUUUUCUCAUGUUCCUCUAACUUGAUUAGCCUUACACUGUAACCGCUCAUUAGAUGACUUUAAACUAAAGGACCAGCAGAAAUGCAGUCAAGACUUUGUAGUCACUGUCUGAGACAAAUAGAUUCAACUUAAUUGUUUCACUUUGCUGAACUUGUUCAGUUAGCUUAACUUGAUCAGUUUGACACUUUGACGACUCACUGGAUGACUUUGAAUGAAUUAGUCAACAAUAAUGCAGUUAACUCGCAUUUUUAAGGCAGCUGGAGAACAACUGAAUCCCUCUUUUUGGUUCUUGGAAGAUGCUUCAGCUCUUAUCCAAGUCAGAUGUUUGGGUCUUUAAUCAACUUUUAACCAUGUUGGGGCUGUUGGUGGGGCAGUAUAUAUCUGAGACCUCCCCAUCAGUCAGUUCAAACUGAAGAAGCCUCUUGGAUUGGAGGUGAAACAGCUUCAAGAAGCAGAAAGAGAACUCCAGUUGCUUUAUGCCUGAAGCUCUCAGGUUUGAUGGCUGCAAAUUUUGUUGAAUCUGUGCAAUCUGCACAUUUCUCCACCGGGUGGCGCCUUUGCACCAGGAGAGCCUCAUCAUUUUGGAACGCUACCACCAAACUAAAGCAACAGGCAGGCGCUGUUGCUACCCUCCCAGUUCAGUUAAUUUAAAAAAUGGCUAAACCUAAUAUUAUUGUAUUGAUGAUCUGAUUAUUGCAGCAUGAGUUAUUUUCAUUUAUUGCUGUUCAGAUCAACAAUGGAUGGAAAAAGAGGCAGAACUUGAUAUUUGGUGACCUUCAUUUGUCACCUCAACCCUGCAGCAUCCAGGUUGCAUCCAUGGCAACGGCACCGGCGCGCUGUUUAUCCUGAAGUGGUGUGGAUGGAAAGCAGAGGGAUGCUGCUGCUUUGAAACCGCCGCUCAGUCUCGCCAGGUUCAAGGAGUGUCCGUGCGUCCGUCUGUCCGUCUGUCCGUCUUUGUCUGCCUGUGUUCAUGGACGAGGCGGAGGACGGCGAGGAGGAGCCCAAAUUCCUGCAGGCUCCACGGCCUCCAGCAGGCAUUUCGACCGGUUGCGAGGAUCAUGGGAGCAGCAGAGGAGCCAAGAUGAAGAAAUUUACGCCAGGAGGCGGAGCCGCGUCCAUUGCGCGCAAAAACUCCAACAGCAAUGAGCUGUGGCUCCUGCAAGACGAGGACUGCUGCGCGCCGCUCAGUGCCAGUGGCAGCGCUGCCUCUGCCCUGUCGUGCCAGAGGGAGGCUGCCGGCGGCCAAGGCGGCUCAGAGUCACACCUCAGAGGGGACACAGCAGAGGGGGGCAUCGGCAUGAUAUGCAACAAAAACGGAGACUGUAGAAGGGACCCGGCCAGUUCAGGGAGCCUCUCCUCCCUCAUCUCCAGGCAGGAGAAGCAGCCAGAUGGAGUAGUGGCAGCUGAAGACAGCAAGAUCGCAAGCAUGGACGGCUCUGUCCCUUCAGUGGGGCCUGAGGUCAAGACCGUGGCAGCGAUGGAGAAGAAGGACUCCAGAGUUUCCUUCUCCAACGCCCCGACUAGUAAAGGACAGACUCCGAGUCAGCAGUCGAGAAAUUCUGUCACUUUCUCCAAAGCGGAGGACGGAUCCCAGAUAGUGCCGGAUGAUGGAGAGCCCAGGUCGAACCAGACGUACAUGCAGCGGCAGUUUAGUGCCAUGCUGCAGCCCGGAGUUAACAAGUUCUCCCUGCGCAUGUUUGGCAGCCAGAAGGCGGUGGAGAAGGAACAAGAGCGCGUAAAGUCAGCGGGUAAUUGGAUUAUCCACCCAUACAGCGACUUCAGGUUCUACUGGGACUUCACCAUGCUGAUGUUCAUGGUGGGCAACCUGAUCAUCAUCCCCGUGGGCAUCACCUUCUUCAAGGACGAGACCACGACGCCGUGGAUCAUCUUCAACGUGGUCUCAGACACCUUCUUCCUCAUGGACCUGGUGCUCAACUUCAGGACUGGCAUCGUAUUCGAGGACAACACGGAGAUCAUCCUGGACCCCAAGAAGAUCAAGAAGAAGUACCUGAAGAGCUGGUUCGUGGUGGACUUUGUCUCCUCCAUACCUGUGGAUUAUAUCUUCCUCAUCGUGGAGAAGGGCAUCGACUCGGAGGUGUACAAAACGGCCCGGGCGCUCCGCAUCGUCCGCUUCACCAAGAUCCUCAGUCUGCUGCGGCUGCUGAGGCUGUCCAGACUCAUCCGCUACAUCCACCAGUGGGAGGAGAUCUUCCACAUGACCUAUGACCUGGCCAGCGCUGUGAUGCGAAUAUUCAACCUGAUCGGUAUGAUGCUGCUGCUGUGCCACUGGGAUGGCUGUCUCCAGUUCCUCGUUCCGAUGCUGCAGGACUUUCCCGCUGACUGCUGGGUCUCCCUCAACAAGAUGGUGAAUGACUCGUGGAGCGAGCUCUACUCCUUCGCUCUCUUUAAGGCCAUGAGCCACAUGCUGUGCAUCGGAUAUGGAAGACAAGCCCCAGAGAGCAUGUCGGACAUCUGGCUCACCAUGCUCAGUAUGAUCGUAGGAGCCACCUGCUACGCCAUGUUCAUCGGCCACGCAACUGCCCUCAUCCAGUCACUCGACUCGUCCAGACGACAAUACCAGGAGAAGUACAAACAAGUGGAGCAGUACAUGUCGUUCCACAAGUUACCGGCCGACUUCCGACAGAAAAUCCAUGACUACUACGAGCACAGAUACCAGGGCAAGAUGUUUGAUGAGGAGAGCAUCCUGGAGGAGCUUAAUGAGCCUCUACGUGAGGAAAUCGUCAACUUCAACUGCCGCAAGCUGGUGGCCUCCAUGCCGCUGUUUGCCAACGCCGAUCCCAACUUUGUGACAGCCAUGCUGACCAAGCUGAGGUUUGAAGUCUUCCAGCCCGGAGACUACAUCAUCAGAGAGGGCACCAUCGGCAAGAAGAUGUACUUCAUCCAGCACGGGGUGGUGACCGUCCUGACCAAAGGAAGCAUGGGCAUGAAGCUGAUGGACGGCUCCUACUUCGGAGAGAUCUGUCUACUGACCCGCGGCAGACGGACGGCCAGCGUGCGAGCAGACACCUACUGUCGCCUGUACUCUCUCUCGGUGGACAAUUUCAACGAGGUCCUGGAGGAGUAUCCCAUGAUGAGGAGGGCCUUUGAGACAGUUGCCAUCGACAGAUUGGACAGGAUAGGCAAGAAGAACUCAAUCCUGAUGCACAAAGUUCAGCAUGAUCUCAACUCAGGUGUUUUCAACAACCGUGAGAACGAGAUGAUCCAGGAGAUAGUUAAAUACGAUCGGGAGAUGGUACAACAGGUGGAUGUUCCACGACCUCGGGCCAUGUCCAUGACGCCUCCUCUGCCUGGUGGGAUCUAUACUCCCUCAGGUUCCUCCACCCAGCCCCAGAAUUCAGCAAUUGCCACUCUGCAGCAGGCCGUAGCCAUGAAUUUUUGUCCCCCCACGCAAGGGAACUCGGUGGGAACUGGGACCCUGCAGUCUCCCAGAAUGGUGAGGAGAUUCCAGGUAAUACAAGGCGUUUCCAGCCCUGUCUCAGCCUCUCCACUGCAGUCUCAACUUCUUGCUUCUGGUGCCUUUGCUCCGGUUCUGUCCAGCCCUCCUGUCCAGAGCCCACUGGCGGUUGGAGGACGAUCAUUCCAGUAUGGAGCCAGUCCUACCUCAGGCUCCCAGCUCUCUCUAGCCCAGCAGCACAUAACCAGCCCUGCACACCGGCCCAGCACACAUAAGAGUACCCAUUCCUUGCAAAUGGGCAGCCUGAGCCAAGAUGCCAGGGCGCUGUCAGCCUCGCAGCCCUCACUGCCUCAUGAAGGGGUACAACCAGGUGCCCCUAGUCCUCCCCAAUCGACACGAGUGUCCUCCACUUCCAUUGGACCCCCUCAGACCCCAGCAGGUCUUACAGGCAUCCGGAGCGCUAUACCACAUAGGGUAAUACUCCCCCACCAAAUGUCCGUCGGAGCAUUUCCUGUAGCAUCCCUGCCUGGUUCUGUGCCUGGUUUCACUCCUGGCACAGGACUGGCAAUAGGAGGUCUGGGAACAGGUCUAGGGGACUCGGGACUACCCAAGAAGGACUCGAUAUCAAGCCUUCCUGAGACAGACCACAUCAAAGUCAGAUCCAGGCUAUCUUCAAACUUGUGAUCUUAAUUAAACUGUGCUGGAAACGUGACUCAGUGGGGGGGCUCGACUGCAGGAACUGGGGAAUUUGUUGUUCUCUUGCCUACAGUUCCUCCUCCGUCUACUCCAGUUUGACGUAUGAAUGUUGAGUGAGCGGCAGCAGGGAAAGAGAGGAGACUGUUCUAACAUAAUAAAGUCUGUAUGGAGACGUUUGAAAGCUGCAGCAUUGAGAUGUAGUUGCACAGAUUGGUAGUGGUAAAGUAGCAUCUUUAUUUCACAACUUAGUCGGCAACAAUAUGGGCAUAAUUGCUUCACUAUCCUCUCAUUCACCUCAUUUAAUGCAAACUUGGGGUCGGAUGGGGCUAAAAGAAAUUCAGGGACCUGCUUCAGAAAUCAGAAGUUGGCACUUUAGUGAGGUUUAACUACUGUGUCUAUCACACGUUGUUGGUAGGCUGGCUGAAAAAGAUGAUCUUCUCACACAGGCACAAGAGUAAAUGUAAUUUUGUAAAAACAAAAAAAAAUUCAUACAGACUGGAGUGCUUUUUGCGUUUUUCAAGGAUUCCCAUGAAAAACUCUAAGACUAAAUUUGUAAGCACAAAACUGGACAAUAUUAAGUGGGAUAUAAAAAUACAAGGCAAAAGCACUCCCCUUUGACUACCCUGAUGUUCCCAAAUAUUUUAAGCCAUAUUCCCCCCACUCUAUUGUUACAAAUGGAUGAAUGAGUAUAUUUAUGAAUCAAAAUGGCAUUUUCAGAAUCCAAUCAGCAUCUUUUGUAAGUCUUCCCUGCCUCUGAUAGUCAGACAAAUAUGAGUCCGGGGGCAUUUCAGAUCACAGACAUUGAAUAUAUCCUUCAUACUGAAAUUACAGCUGUGGGACAAAUUGUCUUGUUCCAGCCAAGCCAUCGAUUUCUAUGGGAAAUGCCUGCAUGUUUGUUUCAUUUAAAGCUGCAAUAAUCAAUACACUUAAUAUUAACAGUGAAUCAAAUGACUAAGUGCAGUGAACCCAAAGAGAAAGAUCACUCAACUGUGGAUCUCAUUGUAGCUUUUUAGCCUCUUUUAGCUCACCGUUUUGGUUUAAGAUCCACAAAUUUCACCAUCUCUUUUACCACUUUAAGUAAGAGCUGCUUUAUAAUGAAAGAAAGAAUGAAAGACAAGUUUAGCAGCUUGCUCAUGAAGAAAAUCAAACAUUUUUCCUCAUGCACUGGUGGAGACCAAAGCGGAGCUACAUGGGGAGCCCAGAAAAAUAAUUUUUACUGACAUAAUAAGGAAAAAGAAAGUUAGCAAUUGAUUAAUGCAGAUUUAAGAAUCAUGAAUACAUAUGGUUUAGUGAGAAUAUUCCCAAUUAAAAUAAGCAACACCCCAUCUUACAGCUGAUAUAGAAUGGAUUAUGAUGGGUGAAAGGACCGUAGGCAUGUGAGUAGUAAUAUGCCACACAAUAUUCUACUGGAUCUUAGAAAUUGGGAGACACUGCCAGUUAAUUACAAGAAAUUUUAUAUGAGUCAAAAUGUAAAUUCAGAUCAUCACAAUGUAAAUCCAUGAAUCCAUUUUUUUUCUAACCCCGAAUCUCACUCUCCUCCAGCAGCAGUUUGGCCAACGUGUCGCUAUGCCAAAGUCAAUUCACACAGAUAUUGAAACUCCUGCAAAGCUCAACCCUGCUGUUAUAACGCUACAGUUUUGAUCAACAGCCAAGGACAGUGUGGUUAUUUUUGCAGGAUGUAUAUUGCAGUGUGCCUCUGUUAUAAAUGCCUCAAUAAGAGUUCAUCGGAUGCCGCUGAUUUGUGUCCAAAAGCAUUAGGAAGGGAACCUUUUCUCCUGGACCUGACAUUCUAUUCACCUCAUCUCACUAAUGCCUGAGCCAUUACUGGGUAAUGAGAGUGGAAAUUGGAAUCCCUCGGGUCUGUUUGGGACUGUUAUUAUUCUCCUUCGAUUGGAUUUCAUUAUACAGUGCCAAUAAUGAGUUCCUCUUCUAUGAUCAUUUUUGCAUUCUCAUUUUGUUUAGUUUCAGCUCCUGUGUUGUUAUCCACCUUGAGAGUUUCUGAAUGGGACAAAGUUGAAGGUUUUUAAGUAUUUUUAUACAGUGUUUUUUUUUUAGGUCUGUUGUGUUUUUGUUCUAUGCCCAAAUUAUGCCCCGUGGAACCUAUUUGGAUGCUCGAAAAAUAAUUAAUAGAGGCUUGUUAUGAGAGUGGUGUUUUACUGAAAUUCACACCGUGUCCUGGAGGCACUGUCUUAGGACACAAAAUGCAUUUAGUGACAAAAUUAGUUUGCAGACUAUUUUUUGUUGUUUAUUUAACAUAACUGGAAAUCACACAGAGAAACAGAAAAUAGGAUCAGCAGCAAAUAUGGUCAGGAUCAGUACUUAAACUGAAAUCACAGAUAUUCUCAAGCUUAAUUAUUCAGAAUCAACCCCACAAUUUUCAGCUUAAACAUGAACAGAAUCACACCAAAGUUUGUGGGAUGUUUUGUAUGCAAGUCUCACUAAAUUUCAGGCAAAUCAGUCAAUAAUACACUAAACUCAUUCAGUCGUAUUGUCUGAAAGUGAUGUUUAUCACGCAAAGCAAUAACUGUUUGAAAAAGAGCGAGUGGUCACUUUUAUGUAGAUGACGUUCUGUUGUAUCUUUGAGAUGUUAAUGGAGAUGCAAUAUAUCAGCUUUCGGACUGAUUUUCCAAACUUUACUGAUAUUUUGUUGUUGGAAGCAGAUAUUGAGAUUUAAAUCACACUCUUAACUAAAAAUAACUUAGCUAUUUCUACGUGUGUCUCAUGUAAACCUGACUGCUUAUUUAUGUAACCUAGUUUACUAUAAACUACUGUAGACCUACUAAAAAAUGUUUGAAAAAGGAAUCUCAUCUUAGUCUCUGACAAACUGCAUAUUAUCAUCUGGUGUGAACUGAUAUUACUUGAACAUUACAAUUAAAGCAGAAGAAAAGCUUUUGCUUUGCAGAAGACGUAUCACUUCUUUUUCUACAGUCGCUCACAGAACCAUCCACAGUUUGUAUAUAAUCCUGUGCCAGUUGCUGUGAGGUCUGCAUGACUCUUUCUACUGUAUUUGUUUAGUUACUUUUCUAAUCUCACACCCAAGUAAAUUAGCGAAACCUGCUCCUUUUACCGACGGCGCUUUCAGAUUUAUUCUCCCUUUGACACCGUUUACCGCUCACACCUAAUUAGCAUGUUGCCCAGAAACUGUGUAAGUGCAUUUUUAGCUCCUUUUUGCAACUUUACAAACAUGUUUAGUGUUAUGUAAAUGUUACAACAACUCAGCUGUUCAGCUCUUUCAAUAGACCCUCAAGGCUUUUGCUUAGGAUAGCAUCUGGGCUGCACACAUGCACGCAAAGGCGGCAGCAACAUCAACAGAAGCGUCUGUAUUUGCCAAGUUGUGUGCUUUUCAAAAAUUCUUUUUCUUUUUUUUUAAAGCCUCAUUUUUCUUAUCUUCAAGGCUACAGUUAGAACUGCAGUAUUUACCAUUCCAGUUUUCAUCAAUGGGAGUAACGGAUGGUGAUUCAGAGUGUUUAAAACGUGCAUCUACAAGGGCUGUUCAUUUGAAUCGAGCGAGGAUGUGAUUUUGUGUCUAACAUUAUUAUCUUUUCGGCGAAUAACAACUGGAAGAAUACAUGAUGCACUUUUUUAUACUAGUUGUUUCUGUAUUUCAUGGGAUACACUAUUUAUUUCCUUUGUUGUUUGCAUACUUCAUUCUUGCUUUAUCCUCAGAACCUUGUUCUUGUGAAUAGCGUCAUUCAGUAAUGCAGUGACUUGGUACAAAGCCAAACUAAUCGAUACCUUAAAUACUGCAGACAAAUGUAGGCUAGCUAAUGUAGACUGCGCUCUUCUCCUACAGGAAUCAUGAACUCCCUUGAGGCAAGCAGACGAUCUCAGGCGGUCACGGUCUGUGAAAUCAGACAUUAACGGUGCAGUACAGGCAUUUUUCUUUUGUUUUUCUGUGUCAGGGACCUGAUUUUCUUUUAUUGAGCCACUCUACAGUUGUCACAUCCCAUAAUAUGUACUGUGCAUACCUAGUGCCUAGCAAAUAUCGUAGUCUCCACAUACAUGUACUAUAUUCUUUGUGUGUGUGGCUGUAAAAAGAAAAUGCAAACCUCCUCACAAUGCAAACAUCACUGUCACUUGUAUCCCACUGCAAUACAUGUACAAAGGAAAACCAAUAAAUUGUAUUUGAAUACGGUGUGA